CCGGCCCGCCCCGCAGCCGGCACCCUGCCGCCCCCGGCUCCGGGCCUGGGCCCCCGCCGGAUUCGGCCCGCCUCGGGCGGGGGGCCCCGGCCCGGCCCAGCCAAACCGCCACCCCGAGGAUGCGCAGGCCGCACUAGGCCCCAGGCGUCCUGGCGGGCUUGGGAGGGAGGCGCUGCCCUCCCGAGAGCCCCAGGGUUCCGGCCUCCCUCGCCGCCUGGGGCUCUCGGGGCCGCGGCCUCCUCCCCGCCGUGGAACCCGGGGCCCGGCCUUCCCGCGGCUCGGGAGCGGGAGGCGCGGGAGAGGGCGCCGGGCCCGGGAGCGGGAGGUGGGCGGGCUGCGCGGGACCGGAGCCGCGGCUCUCUGCUCGCCCCCUCGGCCCUUCCCGGGUCUCGUCCGCGGGCGGGCGGCGCGGCGGGGCCGGGCUGGGGCGCGGGAGCCGCUGUCUUCUGCGGGAGAGGAGGCUGGCUCUUUCGGCGAUCUCCGAAGCUUCCCUCCUGCCGGGUGGUGUGGGCUUGUUACCCAGUAGAACUUCAUGGAGGAACACGGAGUGACCCAAACUGAACAUAUGGCUACCAUAGAAGCACAUGCAGUGGCCCAGCAAGUGCAGCAGGUCCAUGUGGCUACUUACACUGAGCACAGUAUGCUGAGUGCUGAUGAAGACUCGCCUUCUUCUCCCGAGGACACCUCUUACGAUGACUCAGAUAUACUCAACUCCACAGCGGCUGAUGAGGUGACAGCUCAUCUGGCUGCUGCAGGUCCUGUGGGAAUGGCCGCUGCUGCUGCUGUGGCAACAGGAAAGAAACGGAAACGACCUCAUGUAUUUGAGUCUAAUCCAUCUAUCCGGAAGAGGCAGCAAACACGUUUGCUUCGGAAACUUCGAGCCACAUUAGAUGAAUAUACUACUCGCGUGGGACAGCAAGCUAUUGUCCUCUGUAUCUCACCCUCUAAACCUAACCCUGUCUUUAAAGUGUUUGGUGCAGCACCUUUGGAGAAUGUGGUGCGUAAGUACAAGAGCAUGAUCCUGGAAGACCUGGAGUCUGCUCUGGCAGAACACGCCCCUGCGCCACAGGAGGUUAACUCAGAACUGCCGCCUCUCACCAUCGAUGGAAUUCCAGUCUCUGUGGACAAAAUGACCCAGGCCCAGCUUCGGGCAUUUAUCCCAGAGAUGCUCAAGUACUCCACAGGUCGGGGAAAACCAGGCUGGGGAAAAGAAAGCUGCAAGCCCAUCUGGUGGCCUGAAGAUAUCCCCUGGGCAAAUGUCCGGAGUGAUGUCCGCACAGAAGAGCAAAAGCAGAGGGUUUCAUGGACCCAGGCACUACGGACCAUAGUUAAAAACUGUUAUAAACAGCAUGGGCGGGAAGACCUUUUGUAUGCCUUUGAGGAUCAGCAAACGCAAACGCAGGCCACAGCCACACACAGUAUAGCUCAUCUCGUACCGUCACAGACUGUCGUCCAGACCUUUAGUAACCCUGAUGGCACUGUCUCACUUAUCCAGGUUGGUACAGGGGCAACAGUAGCCACAUUGGCUGAUGCUUCAGAAUUGCCAACCACAGUCACUGUUGCCCAAGUGAAUUAUUCUGCCGUGGCUGAUGGAGAGGUGGAACAAAAUUGGGCCACGUUACAGGGAGGUGAGAUGACCAUCCAGACGACGCAAGCAUCAGAGGCCACCCAGGCGGUGGCAUCAUUGGCAGAGGCCGCAGUGGCAGCUUCUCAGGAGAUGCAGCAGGGAGCUACAGUCACCAUGGCGCUUAACAGUGAAGCUGCCGCCCAUGCUGUCGCCACCCUGGCUGAGGCCACCUUACAAGGUGGGGGACAGAUCGUCUUGUCUGGGGAAACCGCAGCAGCCGUCGGAGCACUUACUGGAGUCCAAGAUGCUAAUGGCCUCUUUAUGGCAGAUCGUGCAGGUCGCAAGUGGAUCCUGACUGACAAAGCCACAGGCCUGGUCCAGAUCCCUGUGAGCAUGUACCAGACUGUGGUGACCAGCCUCGCCCAGGGCAACGGACCAGUGCAGGUGGCCAUGGCUCCUGUGACCACCAGGAUAUCAGACAGCGCAGUCACCAUGGACGGCCAAGCUGUGGAGGUGGUGACAUUGGAACAGUGACAUACAGCCAUAUUAUGGCAUCGUUUUCUAGUCUACUUCAAAAUUUUUUACACGUUUGCAGAGGUGCAAUCAAAUGGAAUUAAGUCUCUCGACUUUGGAAGAAAAGUUUUGUUAACCUUUUUUUUUAAAAAAGGAAGAAAGGCAGCGGAUUUUGGAAUUGCAUUUUUUAAAGCACCACUCUUGAUUUUCUGGGAUUGGUGGAGUAAGAAACUGCGUUGUCAAUUUCACUGUCCCAAAAAAGCCAAAUUGUGGCAGGACUUCUUUCUGCGGAAAUGUGUGUGUGUGUGUGAGUGUGAAUAUAUGUAUAUGUGUACAUAUGGACAUGCACAUUUACAUAUAUAUAAAGUAUCUAUAUACAUAUAUAUAUAUAUGUAUGAAACCCGCAUGGAAUUAUCUGUAUGAAAUCAAGGUGAGCUGUGGAAACAAUAAUUCACCCCGUUUAGUGGGUGGUAGGGUACGUGGCCAGACACAGUCACCCAGUUUUUGUUCAUACCAGGGUCAUGCGUUGAGCUACUGACAAACUCAGGCGGAGGUGACCAUGCCCUUCACCAAAGCUGCCUCCCAGUGGCCACACAGAACUCUCCCUGCUGGACUCACCUGAGGAGAGAGGCUCCAGCAUGGGGUGGGUCAGAGAUGUGUUUGCAAGGUCCAGGGGCUGCGUGGUCUGCCAGCUGAGACGCUCCUCGGGCCGGCCCAGGUGCUGACCUUGCCACAGGCAGAUGAAUGUCUCGAAAGCUCCCGGGCCUCAGCCUCCCAUCUCCUCUCCUUCCCAGGAAUCCUUCUUGAUCUCAUGACUAUUAAAAUGUUGCUCUGGUUUUAAGGUCAGUCCUGAAUUGCUCGUAUAUAUGAACUGAAGGUAACAGAAGUAUUAGGGGUUUGAGGAGUGCGUGCGUGUAAGUGUGCUUGUGUGUGUGCGUGCAUGGUAGGGGAGAGGAUGGGAAGGGGGUUGGAGGGGUUGGAAGGGAAAGGAAGGAAAGGAAAAUCUUCCUAGACCAGGAUACACCUGUGGGAGCAAUUUUCUCUAGCUGUCCGUAGCUUCACAGAGGAGGCGCUGGAACGAACAGGAAGGGACACCUGGUCUGUGGCCACAGCACCCUGAACGUCCACGAUCUUGUGUGACCUUGGAAGCUAAGCUUGGUUGGGCCUGGUCGGUACACGGAAGGGAAGAAGGGACACCUGGCCGCAGAAAACGGCUGAGGGUGUUUGCUGUGUUCCUGGAUCAGGCCCUGCUUCAGAAGGGACUCCUGGAGGCCCGUAUUCCUGGAUGCAGCCUGGUGGCCCAGGCUGGGAGCAGCUUGCCUCUUCGGAGGUGUUGACUGACUGGGUGUUCUUGAUAACCGUAAACUCUGUCUUUCUCAGCUGCCAGCCCUGAGUCUCCCGCGGCUGAAUUCACCUGACUUUUCGACAGGUCAAAUCUCUGCUCCUUGAGUACAGGAACAGCUCCUCCUCCCUCCUCCCAGCUCUCCCCAUGUGUGUGAUAGUGUAUUUAAUGUGUUUUUUUAAUGCGACAUUAAAAGAUUCUCCACGUCUUGCUCAACCUUUGAGAGAAGUUUCAGAUUCUUGUAUUUGCUUGUUUUAUAUAAAACUAUCUAAUGUUCUUUAUAUGUUCUUUUCUGUACGUAAUGGGGGGAGGGGAGGGAAAUUUACAUAUAAAUAGUCCUAGUUCUACAAUUUGUUAUUUUUUUAAUUAUUAUUUUUUAUCGUCAUUGUGAAGUUGUCCAGGGACUUUAAAGUCCAUGUUCCUUUGUGGUGAAAUAACCUCCAAAUAGUUUGAGAAGUUGCCAAGACGAAGAAAAAAGCAAAACCCCAGUAGCAGAGCAUGGAUUCUGUGUUGUUUCCCCUUCUGUCUUUGACUGCCUCAUUCAAUAAAUAGUUCAAAAUGUGGCAA